CUACACUUUCAAUUUUGCAAUACAACCCUCUUUGUGUAAUAUCUCUCUCUCUCUCUUCUCUUCAUCAGACCUCCUUCAUCAUCAAUUUUCUCUAUCUCUUCAUGACGACUAGGAUCCCUUUCACUGAGUCACAAUGGGAAGAGCUUGAAAAUCAAGCUCUUGUCUUCAAGUAUUUAGCGGCAAACAUUCCAGUUCCACCUUAUCUCCUAUUCCUCAUCAGAAGACCCUUUCUCUUCUCUUCUUCUUCUUACUCCUCAUCUUCCAACUUCUUUUCUCCACACUUUGGGUGGAAUGUGUACGAGAUGGGCCGGGAUGAAAGAAAGAUAGACGCAGAGCCAGGAAGGUGCCGAAGAACUGAUGGAAAGAAAUGGAGAUGCUCUAAAGACGCUUCUCCAGAUUCUAAGUACUGUGAAAGACAGCAUAGAGGCAAGAACCGUUCAUCAAGAAAGCCUCUGCCUCCUCCUCCUCAAUUUUCUGUUCCCUCUACACCAAGUAUCUUUCUAGACUUUUCUCUCGCUUCCUCCAGGGCAAAAAGUAAAAGAACUGGAUACAUGAAUGAUUUCUUCUCCAUAGAGCCUUCCGGGUCAAUCAAAAGCUGCUCUGGCUUAGCAAUGGAAGAGGACGGUGGCUCUUCUAAGUAUGAGUCUCUGAAACAAAGGGAGAAGCAGCCUGAUCGAAGUUGCUUUAUCCUUGGCACUGAGUUAGGGACGCUUGAGAGGCCAUUAAUGCUUGAGGCGAAGCAAAAACAAAGAGAUGAUAAAGAUUAUGAAGAAGAAGAGCAACGGAGUAAGAUAUUUUAUAAGUUUCUUGAUGAAUGGCCUUCUUCUAAGUCUUCUGGAAGCACCUCACUCUUCAUUUGAUUAUGUUUUCAUUAAUGUUAACAUUGUUUCUUAUUUGGUUACUA